AUGACGAGAUGCACGUGUCUCGCAGAGGUUGUCUCCCCGGUCCGGAGGAGUCCAACAAUUAUCUUAACUAGGUCACAGGCAGUAUGGAACCAAGGUGUUCCCGACGCCACAGCCAAGUUAAACCUGUUGCAAUCCUUCUUAACAUUCGGGUCGAAAGUACAUUUUCAGCAGAAACUUGCCGACACCAUCCGGGAUGUUAGCACCGUGAACUGGACUGAUGUCUUCAUCCCCGCCCAACCCACCGCCAACAUCAGCCAGCAGUGUCAGAAGGAUGUUGCACAGUACAACACAGACCUGUCCCAAGGAAAGAUGUAUGCCCUGAAAAUAACAGUGCUGGAUGCAGGUGGCAAACCCCCAAGUGGAAUCCUGAGCGGAAACCUGAUCUGGGCCGGUAGCUACUCCCAGUGCGUGAACAUCACGAGGGAAGGAUUCAACAUCACCUUCGAUGGGAAGUUCUACAUGGCGACAUUGAGCGGAAGCGGAAACGCCGGUGUGACUGAGUUAAAGAUCGGCGUUUGUGUGCCCAGCUGCUGUAGUCAACAUGACGUCAUUCGAACAUUGGACGGUGGUAUGUACUGGCAUUUCCUUGUUCAACAGGGGAUGCUACAAGUGACGUCAGCCUAUUCACAGGAGUCCCUACCAAUCCAGAAUGUCACUAUUGCUGCGAUCUGUAUCUGCGGUGUCCUCCUACUCCUCCUGGCGAUCGGUACCGUCUAUGACGUCAUCAUCCACCAACCCCGACAGAUACCCACGAAAAAGCAGAAGGAGAUUGAAUUACAAGAACCUGGCGUCACCCUGACUUCACCGGACGAAAGGACGCUGCCGCUGGACCGACCCCCAAGCAAGGAAAUCUCAGCAUCCAAAGAAGGCGUCGCCUCCCGCAUCCUCCUGUGCUUCUCCCUCUCCACCAACACCGGGAAGGUCCUCAGUACCAAACAGGCGCCCGGCAGUAUCAAGAGCCUGCACGGCAUCCGCUUUUUCAGCUUGAGCUGGAUCAUCCUGGCGCACACCUAUAUGUUUGCUAAACUAUCGCCUGAAUUUGACAACCCGCUGCAAGUCUCGGAGGUCAUGCAAACAUUUACAUUUCAAGCCAUCAGCAAUUCCUUCGUCGCCGUGGACUCCUUCUUCUUCCUCAGUGGACUCCUGAUGUCAUACCUUCUAAUCAAGCAGAUGGAGAAAAGCAAAGAAACUGGAAAAUCAGUUUCGUUUGGAAUGGUGUAUUUUCACAGAUAUUGGAGGUUGACCCCUGUGUACUUGUUCUCCAUGAUGCUGUACAUUUGGGUGCUUCCCUACAUGUUCUCUGGUCCAUUCUGGCCGCCAGCUCCUGACGGGUUAGACCCCCUGGAAAACUGUGCGGACAACUGGUGGACAAACUUACUGUAUAUUAACAACUUUGUCGGAAUCAACGGCGAUAGGAAUUGCAUGGGCUGGACCUGGUACGUGGCCAAUGAUAUGCAGUUCUUCGUCAUCGGAGUUCCUCUCGUCUACAUACUGUACAGAUGGCAGAUAUUGGGGAUUGCUGUGCAGCUGGCUGUCCUGUUGGCUAGCUUCAUCACCACUGCAGUGCUCACUUGGCACUAUGAUAUGAAAGCACCUGACGGGGACUUUGUUACGUACUAUGGCAAGCCAUACUGUCGUAUCGGGCCGUACUUGGUGGGAGUUGCUGUUGGCUGGCUGUUGGUUAAGAUGAAAAGGAAACAGACAAGGAGCAUCACCAUGAGCCUGCUGAUGACUAUUGGUUGGCUUGUUGCUGCCGCCUCUGCCGUGGCUGUGUUGUAUGCAACGUACGGCAUAUACAUCGGCACUACCCUCCAGACGGAAGCCGAGAACGUGCUGUACCUGACUGUCCACCGUACCGUCUGGGCCAUGGCGCUUGGCUGGGUGGUUGUAGCAUGUCAUCAUGGAUACGGAGGAGUGGUGGACACCAUUCUGUCCUGGCACGGCUGGGUGCCCCUGAGCCGACUGAACUACUGUGCCUACAUGUUACAUCAACAGCUGGUGUUAGUGGUAUACCUCUCCAUGGAGGGGCCCAUCCACUUCUCCAAUUUCACUAUGGUCUAUUUCUUCUUGGGACACUUGACUCUAUCCUUCGGUCUGGCCUUCCUGACGUGUGUGGCAGUGGAGACACCAUUCGUGGGAUUGGAGAAAAUCAUCUUCAACAAAUAACACUCCACGAAAGAAAUCUCUUCAACACGAAGGACAGGCAACCUAUUCCAACCAUUGUAGCAACCAGGCAACCAUCGUAUAUCUGAUCAUGUAGUUAUACUUUGGACAUGAGAA